CCGCUCAUCCUCAUGCAUUUAAUCUUUUUCUGUCUUUUCACAGGUAAGUACUUACCUGCAUGUUAAGGACAGCACCCUGGCUAUUGCCCCGGUGUACGAGAGUAUCACCCUUCCCCGCCUAAAGAGUCGUUCUGCAGCCUCAGACUCCCCUACUUUAUGGCCAUCCGCUUCCUCCUCCUGUUCUUCACAAUCUUCUCCUGUGACUGACCCACAAACGACCAACGUCGGUUUCCGCCCCACGACGGGAAGCGGCGGCAGCUCCAUCUUCUGCAGCCUCAAACGGAUGAGCAAGAAGAGGAAAAGGAAGCGAGACGAGCGCAGACACACGAUACAGAGAAUCAUGGACGUGGAUGAGCAGACCAGUGGGAUGCAGCGGUAUGACUCUGAGACGGUCACGUAUAACACUCAAACAUGGCCACUGAAGGAAGGUCAGAGGAAGAAGAGCUUGCAGAAGAACAGAAAUGUUGCAGGCACUGGGGCUUACAUGAAAAACCCUCUUGUGAAAGACAUCGAUUCAGAGUGUUCAGGAGAAAACAGCAUCACUCCGUACGCCGUAUCAUCUGGACCAACAACUUCUCCAUCAGAGGCUCAUGGGAGAAACCACUGCAGAGUCCUCUCUUUGGGCUCAGUGUUGAGCUUCGAUCUCCCAAAAGACAUGACCCUUAUCCCCAGCAUUCAGGAAAUCAUCACUAUUGCCCCUCCAGAGUCUAAAAAGGCAGAUACAACAGAUUCUGACCCUCUUUCUCAAAGAAAAACAGUUCUGAGCUCUUUCAGACAGACCCACGUCCUGGCGGCCAUCACAGGAAGUGAAAUUAGCUCUUCUGAAACACAGGAGUUAAUAGCUGCAGCAAAAGAUCUACCUGAUGAGGAGGUGAGUUUACAACCAUCUUCCCUGGAAGAACCUUGUGCCGGAUCAGAGGAGAAGGACGAAAUCUCGUCGGAUACUAAAUCUACAACAAAAGAAAUCAGUCCGCCUUCAAAGCCGCCUAUUUACAUGAACCAAGUCCAUAACUGCUGCUCAGUCCCUCAUAAACACGAGUGUCUCAGUGUCCAUACGCUCAUCCGGGACCUGAAUGGACACCAGUUCCAUAAAUGCACAAAAUCCCAGUGUGAGCAUGAAAACAGUCGUCGGCUGAAAUCAAACCAAGCUUCUCAUGUGAGAGUGAAUCUGAAGUCAACGAUGAGCGUCAGCGUUCGACAGGACUCUGUAGAUUCUGGCAUCUCCACCUCCAGCAGUUUCAAGCUUUGCACCGAUGCUCCCUGUCCGGAUCAGCCCCGGCCUAAAGGAGUGGUGGGGAAACUUAUUUCCCUUGAGGUGGGAGGCAUAGACCCGACUACAACAAGAGAAAACUAUGCCGUGUUCUCAAGUUCAUCCCCAGAGUCCGUGAAUAUUAACACAGAGCCGGUCCAUGUCGACCACCAGCAGUUUGAGGAGGAAGAAGAGGAACUGGAGGACAUCUGGAAGCAGAAUACCAACUACAGGCAGAGCAUCUGCUCAGACAUCAUGUACCAGCCCAACCAAACCGGAGAUCCACUUUCCAGCUCCCCUCCUGUCACAGAGCCACCUGUUCUCUACAGAAACCUGGUCACCGCCUCAGAACCAAACCUCCUCAUAGCCGAGUUCAAACUCCCCCCCCACAUCCAGAGCUGUCUGGGUUAUGAGAAGUGGCAGAGCUCCAAAGAUCACCUCCCUCCUCUGGCCACAGCGGACCGGAGGUCCUGGGCGGCGUUUCCCAACAGGGAACCGGCCAGCAAGACUGCAGUGAUGCUGAACGAGACGGCGUCUGAUCCAGUGAAGCUUCCAGAUGUCGGCGACAAUCCGAGAUACGUUUACCAAUACAGAGAGGAGGAAGAGGGGGAACAGAAGGAGAUGAAGGAAGGAGAGGAGCUAACCACGUACUCACAGAACCAGUCUAUGAGUCUCCUUUCAGUCAAUAUGGGUUUGAACGAAGCCUGCCAGAAAAAUCUGAAAGACGUAGCAAAGCCUCCAGAACUAGUAGCCACAGGAGGGCGCUGUUUCAUCCUAAGUGGAAAACCGGAGCAUCAGUCUAUGGAGGGAACCCUGGAGAGGAAGCACAAGCUGCAGCUGGGAGGAAAGAAAGCUGCCUCCAGAGGCUGGAACUCCUACCACGCUGUCCUAUAUAGACACACCUUGUGCUUCUUCCAGGACAGAAAGGAUACACUGCGCAGCUCUGCAUGUGGUCUACCGCUGAACCUCAUGGGAGCUGAGUGCUCGGCUGCCCCAGACUACACCAAAAAACCCAACUGCUUCCGACUACGGCUCCGUGACGGGUCUGAAUACUUGUUUAAUACCACCUCCCGCUUCUUGAUGAAGAAGUGGAUCAUGAAAAUACAAGCAAGCACAGGUCAAAGUGAGCUCAUGUCUUCACCAACAAAUGUUCCUGGUGAUCAAGCCUUUCCCAUCUCUUUAUGCCAGGAUCAAACCAGCACUCUCUGCCAUUCCCAGCACAAAGUCACCCACUCAUUCCCAAGGUUGAAACAGCAGAGCAGCGAUCAAACCAAAGAAAUUGUCGUUCUCACCAGAGAGCAGAGUCACAUGCUCCAGAGCCAAAGAGCGGAUGAGAAGUCCAAGACCUCAUCGUUGGAUCCAGGCUGCUGUGAUGAUGAUGAUGAUGGUGAUGAAUGCAGCUUAACGCAGACAGUGACUCACAGACUUUCUGUAGACAACACUUCUCCUUCCUCCUCUCACUCCCCUGCAACCAGCAGCCAGAACUGGCUCAGCAGCAAGCACCGCUCCCACUCUUUUACGUCAGCAACGUACCAGAAGAUUAAACCCAUGCAACACUCUCCUGGAGGAGAAGGGGUGGAAAAAGGAUCCAACUACUGUGUGACUCUGGUGGUCGGGGGCAGUUCGGCAGACAGCUCGUCGAUAAGCAGAGGUCUGGAGCCUCCAGUGCUGCCCUCACCUUCAUGGCAGCCAGACGUUUUUAAGGACUCUGCUCUGAAAAGCUACUCGAGCCUCCCGCGACCUCGCAACAAAUCUGUCUUUAAAAAGUUCUUUGGGAAAAAAGAGCCCUGAGCGUAUACAUGCUGGUUUUUGAAGAUAGCUUCUAACGUGCAGUGCACAUUUAAAUAAAAACACACUACUACUGACCAUAUUUAUGAGCAAAACACUUAUCCUAGUUAUGUUUUUGAUGCGUUUGUGAUAAAUCACUACAGAGCCUUAAAAGUCAUUAUAAAUAACCUGUUGUACAAGUGUCUCUUUUUUUGAUCCUUCACUUUUUAAGUCGGAUAAAAACACAACUGCUAACACACUGCAAAGUGUGCACUGUGUACUUACAGUUCAACUCAGAAGUGUACAUACAGUCAUCGCUGAUAUGAAUGUCAUAUUAAUUCAGGACAAUGAAGGAUUUCUCUCAACGAUUUAUGUCAAGAUGGAAAGAUAAUGCAGCUUUCAACUCCAGUAAUUUCAGAAAACAAGAGUUGGAUUAACAAGCUUAAAUAUUUUCUGUAUUUUUUAUGUCAUCAACAAAAAGUAAAUUAUCAAGUAUGGAGGUGGUAGCGUCAUGCAGAGGGGUUACUGGACUGCCAACGGUACUGCUGCCUACUGGAGAGAAAAUUAAAAGAAAAUGUCACCAAAUUCACUCAUUUCAAGCUCCAAAAUACAUACAUACACCAUUAGCAAUAUUCGAAUGUCAUUAUGGGCAUGAAUGUUAUUAUUUUAGGUCUUUAAUGGAUUUCAGAGUGCAAUUUGAGCUGAUUUCUGAGCCACUGCAUUGUCAAAAUUAAACAUAAACCCUCACUAAUAUGCUAAUAAAUGUCGCUCACCAAGUUGCGGAGAAACCACAGACGUCCUCGAAACCCUGAUGUUCGUGGGAGUUCGGGACUGCCGGCGAAAGGCUAAAAGUUGCGAACACUUGAUACUCGCUCUAAAAACGCUCCUAAAUGCCUAUUUUAAUAGUUGAAACUCCAAAUGUACCUUUGUAUGGCUUAUUAUGAUCUGUGGAACCUGUUUUUGCACGACUGCAGAAGCUAGCAUCCAUGGUCUAUAUUACUUCCGCUCUUCUGGGUAUAGCCAAUCAGCACCAAGGAAAAUGAACGGCACUCGUUGAUUGGCUGUCUUUCAAACACCAACCAAUAGCAUGUGAAGGAGCUUUGCUCCAGCGUUUUUUAGCUUCCAAAGGUGCACUUUCUUUAUAAUAUUUCAAAAAUGGUCUCUGAAAAAAAGGAUAGAGAUCGCUAUUUUAGUUGAACCAUCUCAAAAAGUUAAGAUUUGAGUCUUAAGUCAGUUUUUGAUUCUUUAAGAUGACUCCAAACGGGCUUCAGAGUGGUCGAUGUGCCUUGUGUUUCAAUACGUUUUGGUUUGGAGCUUCCUGUGUUUGUCCUUGAACAUUAUAAAAAAAAAUUUAAAUCAGAGAUUGACAGUUUGGGUCACAUGAUAAAGACUUGGACACAGUUGGGUCUUAAAACCGGACAAAUAUCCAAAGCCUCUUUAUAUUUUCAAAAAAGCUUUGAAUUCAACCAGAUGAUCCUGUGUGGAUCAGAGAAAAUACUCAAUAAAUUAAACUUCUGCAUCAAUUUGUUGUUUAUAUGUUAAAGGUUGAAACUGAUGUUCACAUUUAUGAUAGUUGUAUGUAAACGUCUGGAACUGUUUUGAUUGUUUUUGAUCAUCACUCUUCUUUUCAUUUUCUCCCUGUUGUGCUUUGGGUUAUCUGUUCCCCUUUAUGUUAACCUAAAUAUUAAUAGUUAAGCUCUCAGUGCCUUCAGUUACGUUGCAUUUUAUCUGCUCCUCAAUUAUGAAUUCACAGUUUGAUACUGUUUGAACUCGUGUGAUUUAACUACUUUUUUCCACCUUCUGAGGCAAAGACUAAAUACUUAAUAAAACUCAAAACAAGGUUUUGUUUUUGCUGUGAUUAAAGAUUAAUUUUUGACACA